CUUGAGGAUAUUGAAUUGGUAAUAAAUUCACUUUGAAAAGAGGAGAGUGGGGAAAAUGGAAAACAAUCCAGGGGAGAAAGAGAGCAUCACCCUGCCAGAGGUCAGACUCAUCCUGAUUGGUGGGAGAUGGGCUGGCAAGAGUUCGUCUGCCAACACUAUACUGAGAAGGGAAAGGUUUGAGUGUGGCCGAACCAGAACAGCCCAGUCUGAGGUUAGACAUGAAAUAGUGGAGGGCAGGAAGCUCAUUGUGGUGGACGCUCCAGGAUGGAACAGCUCUCUCUCCCUCAAACACAUCCCAGAAUGGAACAAGCAACGGUUUAAACUGAACCUGUCCAGGUGUCCGCCCGGACCACAGGUUUUUCUCCUUGCAAUCCCGAUAGAUUCAGCUUUCUCUGUGGCGCAGAAGAGGAUCGUGGAGGAGCACAUGAAGCUCCUGGGGGAGCAGGUGUGGAGAUACACCAUGGUGCUGUUCACCUGUGGGGAUUACCUUGGAGGGAAGACGAUAGAGCAGCACAUAGAGAGCGAGGGAGAUGCACUCAAGUGGUUAAUAGAAAGGUGCAAGAACAGGUACCACGUGAUUAAUAACAAGGAAAAAAGCAACUCAUCUCAGGUCACACUGCUGCUGCAGAAGAUAGAUGAAAUUGUCAGUGACAACAAUGGCUCCUACUAUGAGGUAGAUGAACAGACUUUGACCAUCAUUGAAAAGAAGCAACGAGAGGUAGCUGAAAGGGCGGAAAGGAGACGGAGGAGGGCCGAGGAACAAAGACAACAAAUGACAACACUCAUUCCAGAGGAGAUGAAACCUUCAACACUCAAGAUGAUUCUCUUGGGAAGCCGCAACGUUGGGAAAACCUCGGUGGUGAACACCAUCUUGGGAAUCAAAGAGCAAGACGGGAAAAGAACUGCACACUCAGUGAUCCGGCAGGGUUCUGUUGGUAAAACUGAAAUAACUCUUGUGGACACACCGGGUUGGUGGAAAGGUUUCCCUGCCUUUGACACUCCUGAGGCAAUCAAAGAGGAACUGGUGCGCAGCAUGUUUCUCUGCCCCCCUGGGCCCCACGUCUUCCUGGUGGUGAUAGAUGCAGAUGCAUCCUUCAAUGCCAAACACUUAGACGCCUUGAGAACACACGUGGAGCUUCUCGGGGAAGGAGUGUGGAGACACUCUAUAGUAGUUUUCACCAGAGGAGACUGGCUGGGAUCAAGCUCCAUAGAGGAGUACAUCGAAGGGGAGGGAGAGGCCUUACAGUCUCUGGUUGAACAAUGUGGAAACAGAUAUCACGUCAUCGAUAACAAGAAUACUGACAGUGGUACUCAAAUCACAGAGCUGCUGGAGAAAAUCACUGCGACUGUCGCGGGAAAUAGUUGGGGCCAUUUUGUCCCUGAUGAGCAGAAAUUUAAGACUAUUGAAGACAGAAGAAGAAGAGUGGAGGAAAGAGCAAGACUCAGGGAAAGUCAAGUCAUGGCCAAAAGAAAAACCCUCAGAGGUCCCAGACACCAGUUACAGGAGCUGAGGAUAGUGAUGAUUGGUCAGAAGACGUCUGGAAAGACUGCAACAGGAAAUACCCUCCUGCAUAAAGAAGUGUUUCCCACCUGUCAGACUGAAAACUGUCAAGUGGAUCAAGGGGAAGUUGCUGGCAGGAGGAUCACAGUGAUCGACACCCCGGGCUGGUGGGGUGAGUCCUCCCGCUGCACUGAAGACACUGACAAAGAAAUUGCCAGAGGUCUUUCACUGAGCCCAUUAGGGUUUCAUGCUGUUCUGCUGGUCAUUCCCUUGGACCUGGCCUUCAGCAAGGUUCAGAAGAUCGCUCUGGAGGAACACAUGAACCUUUUAGAUGCCAGUGUCUGGAAACACACAAUGGUCCUGUUCACAUGUGGAGACAAGCUGGCAGAUAAAUCUGUAGAGGAGCACAUUGAGAGGGAGCCUGGUGCUCUAUACUGGUUGGUAGACAAGUGUGAGAACAAGUACCAUGUCAUGAACAAUAUGAAGAAAGCUAAUAUGAGUCAGGUCACCGAGCUGUUUGAGAAGAUAGAGGAAAUGGUGGCAGGGAACAAUGGCCGACUCUUCUGCCCCAACAUGAGGGACGUCCACCUGAGAAUUGACGAUAAGUUCAAGAGGAGGCAGGUCAAACACGUGCUGAGGCAACGACUGGAGAAGGAGUACAGGAGGAGAGAGCUGGAGCUGAUGCUGGGCUUCAAGGAAAAACUGCUUGAGCUGCAAGCUGAGAUCAGGGGAAGUGAGACCAGCACUAAACCCAAGUCACUGAUUGGUGACACAAACAAAUUUAAAAUCUGGGGUAUUGGUCAAAAGAAGAAGGAUGGAAAGGAGAAGGAGGAAAUCAUAGAUGCGAAAAUCAGCCAGGAAAUUGAAAACCUGGAUAAAAGCAUACUGAGAUCCACAGUUGAUCUUCAGAGCAGCAUGGAAUUGUUGUUUCCUGACUUGAGAGGAGAAAGUCCAGCACCGUCUGUUGCUGAGUCUUUACCAGGCAAGAGGAACUCCAACAGCAACUUUGACAAAGUCCUGGGUUGGCUGUCGACACUCCAGAUCAGCACAAAUCUAGAGAACAACCUGACCUUCAACUCCUCUCAGACCUCAGGGUACGGAUCCGUGCUACCACAUGACGACUUGGACUUCAACACAGAAGCUGAUAUUCUUCAAUGAAUAGUCUCAACAGACUGACAUAUAAGAAAAUGCAUUUUACGAGUGGGGAAUUUGCACUCAGGGAAUUUUUAGUGGUGUGAAAAAGUUGAAGGGUAUGCUUUCAAUAUUAUGGAAGAAUCGAUAUUAUGAAAUCAUUAUAUAAUACAGUACUCUGGGGCAGUGAUGGACUAAAGGUCAGAAACCUACGCCCCACUAUAGCUGCUCAGUGGCCACAAGAUCAGACUGUGACUGUACUGGGCAGCUUCAGGUGUGAAUGUGUGUAAUUGUAAGAGAGUGAAGUAGAGUGUCCCGGUAAAAUAGCAUUUGUACUCAGCCGACCUGAGCUGAUACAGGUUUAAGUUUUUGUUAUAUAUCAAUGUAAAACACUAUAAGAUAUACUGCACUUGUAGUAUGCUAUAAGUGAAUUCAAUGCAACCUUAUAAGCUUAUAUUGAAG